GGCCAAUUUAGGCUCAUGGCCGGAUGGUCCAGCUUCCCGCUGACGGUAGCUUGGAGCCCCGCAGCGGCGGCCGGAUUUUAUGGGGCACGGGCGGCUUGAUUGUGACUCUGUUGGCCGUUGGGCGCCUGCUCUGGAGCGCCUCUGAGACGACGAGGGCCGAGUUCAACCCACUCCUUGCACCUCGGCCGUUGUCGAGUGCGGAGUCAUUGGGUGACGCAUUAUCCCCGUCCCCCACGAGCAGCACGGAGUCUGGCGGGGAGUCUUCGAGCAGGGCUCGGGCGCCCUCCUCCAGAGGCAGCGCAGAGGCGAGCGGAGGGUCCGUGAACUCUGCGGCUGCGCCGCCCGCGCCGGCACGGCCACCCACUGCUCAUCCGACCACGAGGAAGCUUCCCACACCACAGCCGCCACCCAUUUACGCGCCAGCACCUGCUCGUCUUCUUCCCCCUCAGACACCACCCACGUAUGCCCCUCCCGAGGAACAUCCCACGCUUCAGCCGCCGCCCACUUCCGUCCCCACGCGGAUGCCCUCUACGACAGAACCGCCGCAUGCUUCUGCGCUCAUACGGACUCCCCUUACGCCACAACCUACAUUUCUUUUUGGGGACAUGUGGACACCUCCUGUGGCCCAACCGACUCCACCACCAACGCAAGCGCCAACAUUAAAUUGCAUCAACACUAAUUUCGGAGCGACGGCUCAGUUUUUGCUCGAUGGGAUGACAGUCGCCGUAUCCUGCGAGGACGUUGGGAUUGCACUCAACAUGUGCGAGCAUGCUGCACACUAUGACGACUCUGACUUCUCAUUCUUGGAUAUGUGUUGUGCAUGUGGGGGUGGUUCGACAGCGAAGGAUUUUGUCACAUACCAGGAUGGCGAUGAGUUUUCAAUCGUCCUGCUGUCGUCUGCAGCCUCCCUGGCCAAUGGCAACGAGGCUUGGCAUGUGGAUUUCGAAUCGCGUAACGGCGACAUACUGUUCCGCAUGGCAGUGACCCCUUCUUCGGGUGAGGUAGUGACGAAUAGCCGAAUUGAUGGGGUUUGGGGCGAUGAGGACAAGGACAACGCCUUUCCAUUUGACGGCCCCUUAUAUUUUUUCAGAAUGCCGCCAGCUAUAUUGAUGUUUGGUACAACGGAGUAGUCGUUGUCAGGUUCGCCAAGAGAAGCGACGAACCUAUUGAAUCGAUUGCAGCGGUGGGUCUGAAGGGCUACGACAUCAACAUGUCGCCGCGUCUGCCGAGGACUCCACGCCGUCGCCUAGAUGGUACAAACCAUACAGCGACAACUAUUAGCAUCACCGCGACGUUGACCGGCACGACCAGUACCAGCACUGAAACGCUGAACAGCACAACGCAAAGCAGCAGCAUUACUUCGACGUCAACAAGCAAGACCAGCAGCGUAUCGCUCACCACGACGCUGAGCAGCACGACGGAGAUCAGCACCACGAUAAUGACAUCCACAAGUCAACCUAGCACUCUGUCGAGCACUACUUCAAUGAUCACCCCGACGGGCACACGCACGACUGGUUCGAGUACCACUGGUUCCAGCAUGACGGGCACAAACACGACGGGCACCACGACGUUGACUAGCACGUCACAGAGCAGCCUUACGGUGAGCAGCAGCACAACUCUGACAUCCACGAGUGAGACCAGCAGCGUGUCGCUCACCAGCACGACGGAGAGCAGCAGCACGACAUUGAGCAGCACCACGGAAAGCAGCAGCACGACGCUGAGCAGCACGACGCAGAGCAGCAGCACGACUCUGACAUCCACGAGUGCGACGAGCACAUUGUCGAGCACCAUUUCGUUGACCUCCACGACGGGCACAAGCACGACUGGUUCCAGUACCGUGACGUUGACCAGCACGUCACAGAGCAGCCUUACGGCGAGCAGCAGCACAACUCUGACAUCCACGAGUGAGACCAGCAGCGUGUCGCUCACCAGUUCGUUGAGCAGCACGACGGGGAGCAGCAGUACGACAUUGAGCAGCACCACGGAGAGCAGCAGCACGACAUUGAGCAGCACCACGGAAAGCAGCAGCACGACGCUAAGCAGCACGACGCAGAGCAGCAGCACGACUCUGACAUCCACGAGUGCGACGAGCACAUUGUCGAGCACCAUUUCGUUGACCUCCACGACGGGCACAAGCACGACUGGUUCCAGUACCGUGACGUUGACCAGCACGUCACAGAGCAGCCUUACGGCGAGCAGCAGCACAACUCUGACAUCCACGAGUGAGACCAGCAGCGUGUCGCUCACCAGUUCGUUGAGCAGCACGACGGAGAGCAGCAGCACGACAUUGAGCAGCACCACGGAGAGCAGCAGCACGACGCUAAGCAGCACGACGCAGAGCAGCAGCACGACUCUGACAUCCACGAGUGCGACGAGCACACUGUCGAGCACCAUUUCGUUGACCUCCACGACGGGCACAAGCACGACUGGUUCCAGUACCGUGACGUUGACCAGCACGUCACAGAGCAGUCUUACGGCGAGCAGCAGCACAACUCUGACAUCCACGAGUGAGACCAGCAGCGUGUCGCUCACCAGUCGGUUGAGAAGCACGGACGGAGAGCAGCAGCACUUCGUUGAGCAGCACGACGGAGAGCAGCAGCACGACAUUGAGCAGCACCACGGAGAGCAGCAGCACGACGCUAAGCA